AAAGUUCAAAAAGAUGUCCCGACUUUUGCUGCAGUGCCGCAGAACUCUGCUGAUCCUUCGCCGUCAAACAGCGGUGGACAAUGAACAAGGACUCUUCGGCAAGCUGCUGGAAAAGUGCCAGUCCUUCGGCAAGGCGGAGAAGGAGGCUGACCAGGAGAAGGAGGAAUCCAAGAGGUCUUAGAAGCCAACCCUUCGCACUGAAGAUCAUAUAAUACCAUAUUGUUGCCGGGGGCCCAAGAUGAAUCGGGUCCAUUUUACGGGCAGCUCAUAAAACGGAACGUGCGCAGACAUUAUAAAGCCAUAAAGCAUCAACUAAAAUCGGGCAAAAAUAGCUUUCGGAUGGAACAGGCGUUGCCCAGACUUAGCCAAGUGAUAUAACAUCAUUUACACAGACAAUGGACGUUGGUUUACGAUGUCUAAGAUGCCAGGCGUUGAAUUUGGCGGCGGAGUGAGGUGAAGUGAAGAGAAGGCCAAGUUGACCAGCGGAACGCAUCAAAAUUUUACGCGAACUCAAUUGUUAGAUAAAAGCAAUCGUUUACCCACUGAA